GAUUUUCCGAGACCGACUUUGGAUGGGCAGCCUCUCCCUGGAAAAGGGGAAACUAGUAUCUAACCGAAACGCAGAAGAAGGGCUUCAUUCCCCGCCACAAUCCUUUGAGGCGUGUCUAGAAGAAGCUCGCAAGAUUUUUGCCAAUGCCUCUGCGGAUUGUUCGAAAGUCAGUUUACCCGAUCAAGCCGUGAUGUUUCGAGACGUGGAUCGAUUGCGAUGGUUCAUGUUGCCUUCGGAAGCUCUGGAGAUUUUGCAACGAGGCUCUCGAUGCGAAAUCGCCAGCGACGUUCCUUUUGUUCCGAAAUCCUACGAAUCGUACACACCGAGGAAUUGGGUGGACUUUGUGCCGGAAAUACCUUCAGUCACGACUGCGAAUAUCGUCCAGAAAGCUAUGAAAACUGCGAAAGCUGAAUUGGAUCCGAAAUCAAAGAGUCUGGUAAACAUUGAGGACCUGGGACGAGUGUCGAACAAUUUUGACAACAGUCCGACGGCGAGAAACUCUUUGGUGACGGAUAAUCGACGGAAAUCUUUGGAAAAAAUCGUUGAUCGUCAGCCGAUUUCAAACUUGAUUUCGACGAUGUCUCUGAUGGACGUCACGAGAGAAGAAUUCAAUGACGGAGUUCAAGUGACUAGUUCUUCUGUUCUUGAGUUGAACCCGGAUGAUGGGGAAAAUAAUCAGGAAGAAUCGUCUUCGCUGAAAUUCGAGCGACGUGAUAGUAAAAGAAUAGCUUUGGUUUCAAAGUCUGUGAUUUCGAGGGGUUGGCACACCCCGCCAAAAAGUAUUUACAAACCUACUGUUGAGGCUAUCAACGAAUUCAAGAUGCUGAGGGAUGGAGACAAAGUGUUGGUUUGUUUGUCUGGAGGCAAAGAUUCCCUGUCGCUGCUUCACACAUUGCAUCAGUAUCAGUAUGCUGCGAGUGCCAGUGGAGUGAAAUUUCUGCUCGGAGCAAUCACUGUGGAUCCACAGAGCAGUUUCUAUGACCCGAGUCCAUUGAUCCCUUACUUGGAAACGCUGGGAGUUUCUUAUUUCUACGAAGAGCAAGGGAUCAUAGAGAAGGCUUCGCAGAUCCCAGAUUUGCAGUCGAUCUGCAGUUUUUGCAGUCGGAUGAAGCGCGGAAGACUUUAUGCCGCUGCAAGGCGGGAAGGUUGGAACGUUUUGGCUCUGGGCCAACACUUGGAUGAUUUGACUGAAAGCUUUUUCAUGUCCAUCUUUCAUAACGGACGCUUGAGGACCAUGAAGGCGCACUACGCUGUCAAAGAGAAUGACUUGCGAGUCGUGCGUCCAUUUGUGUACGUUCGAGAGAAAGAUUUGCGACAGUUCGCCGAAUAUCAAGGAUUGCCGAUUAUUGCGGAAAACUGUCCUGGGUGCUUUGAUGCUCCGAAAGAGCGAUACCGGAUCAAGCAAAUGCUGGCUCAGCAAGAAGUGAUGUUCCCAAAAUUGUUCGCGUCUCUUUUGUCGGCUUUGCAUCCCCUGAUGGCAUUUGGACGAGUUGGAGUGGAGUCGAAAAUAAUGGGCACCAGAUUCUCUUGGAAGAAGGACGGAGAAGACGCGAAUUUCUACUUCAACCUGGACGACGAGGAAAUUGACGCUAUGCAUGAACCAACCCAACUGUGACACCCUGAAAACGUGAUCUACAUUCAAAGUGAAGAUUUAUUUCGGUUUUAUCUAUUGAUCAUACGCUGGAAAUAAUGAAUCCCCGAAAAUUUGAACAA